CUGUGUGAAUUUUUUUCUUCUCUGGGGUUGGUAGUUGCGGUGUUCAAGGUAGUAGAUGGAAGUGUUUGUGUUCUUCAACUGGGCCGUACGGUAGAAAGUCAGGACUAGUGGACUUUGGGGAAAAACUUUUCGCGGCGUGGCAGCUUUGGGUUUGUGACAACUCUUGGUGAAUAUUGAACGUUGUUUCUGCUUCUCUUUUGUGGAAACGAAUUGUCACCGCCAAGAUGCCAGUGUUCCACACUAAAACUAUCGAGAGUAUUCUGGAGCCGGUAGCGCUACAGAUUUCCCAACUGGUCAUCAUGCACGAAGAAGGAGAGGUAGACGGCAAAGCCAUUCCGGACCUGACGGCGCCGGUGGCCGCUGUACAGGCGGCGGUUAGUAACCUUGUGCGGGUUGGCAAGGAGACCGUUCAAACAACAGAAGAUCAGCUUAUGAAGAGGGACAUGCCUCCAGCUUUCAUUAAGUCCGAAUCAGGUUGUGUAAAGCUAUUAAGAGGUUCUCAGCUUCUCGGGCGGGGACCUCUGGCUCUGCCUGACAGGGAACCAUUGUUCGAUGGUGGUGAAGGUGUUUUGUUGGGAACAAGUUUUCUACUUCUCAGAGGACUUUUUUCUAGAAGCCAGCUGCGAAAAAUCAUCAGAGUUUGCAAAGGAAUUCUGGAAUAUCUAACUGUGGCAGAGGUUGUGGAGACUAUGGAAGACCUAGUAACCUACACUAAAAACUUGGGACCAGGAAUGACAAAAAUGGCCAAAAUGAUUGACGAGCGACAGCAGGAGUUAACACACCAGGAACACAGAGUGAUGCUGGUCACUUCUAUGAACACAGUCAAAGAACUGCUCCCUGUCCUCAUAUCAGUAUCACUUUCUUUCUUUGCUAAGGAUACAGAGGCCAUGAAGAGAGCGUUGGCAUUAAUAGAUUCCAAGAUGCCACAGGCAAAGAACUGGCUGAGAGAUCCUAAUGCCCCUCCAGGUGAUGCUGGUGAACAUGCAAUCCAUCAAAUUUUGGAUGAAGCAGGCAAAGUUGGAGAACUUUGUGCAGGAAAAGAGCGACGUGAUAUUUUGGGAACUGCCAAGGCUCUGGGGCAGAUGACUGACCAAAUAGCUGAAUACAGAGCUCGGGGUCAGGGAGCCUCACCUGUAGCAAUUCAGAAGGCCCAGCAAGUUUCUCAGGGUCUGGAUAUGUUGACUGCAAAGGUGGAAAAUGCAGCUCGCAAACUAGAAGCCAUGACCAACUACAAACAAGCCAUUGCAAAGAAGAUUGACACAGCCCAGAACUGGUUGGCUGAUCCAAGUGGUGGGCCAGAAGGAGAAGAGAAUAUCCAAGCAAUUUUGGCAGAAGCCAGGAAAAUUGCAGAGCUUUGUGAAGACCCCAAAGACAGAGAUGACAUUCUACGUUCACUUGGAGAAAUCGCUGCGUGCACAGCAAAACUGUCUGAACUAAGACGGCAGGGUAAAGGUGAUUCUCCAGAAGCUCGCACAUUGGCUAAACAGGUCGCCACUGCACUACAGAAUCUGCAGUCCAAAACCAACCGUGCUGUAGCCAACAGCAGACCAGUGAAGGCAGCCGUGAACUUGGAAGGGAAGAUUGAACAAGCUCAACGCUGGAUAGACAAUCCCACAGUUGACGAUCGUGGAGUAGGCCAGGCUGCAAUUCGAGGGCUUGUGGCUGAAGGACGUCGUUUAGCCAAUUCCAUGAUGGGACCCUAUCGACAGGACCUGCUUGCAAAGUGUGAUCGUGUAGAACAGCUGGCAGCUCAAGUAGCUGAGCUAGCAGCUCGAGGAGAAGCUGAGAGUCCUCAGGCCAGGGCUUUAGCAGCCCAGCUCACAGACAGUCUUAAGGACCUGAAAUUUCGAAUGCAGGAAGCUAUGACACAGGAAGUAUCUGAUGUUUUCAGUGACACUACAACUCCAAUCAAAUUAUUAGCUGUGUCAGCUACGGCACCCCCAGAUGCCCCUAACAGAGAGGAGGUAUUUGAAGAAAGAGCUGCUAACUUUGAGGCUCAUGCUGCCAGACUUGGGGCAACGGCAGAAAAGGCAGCUGCAGUUGGAACAGCCAACAAAACCACUGUAGAGGGGAUUCAAGCAACUGUCAAAGCUGCAAGAGAGAUAACGCCACAGGUUGUGUCUGCUGCACGGAUUCUACUCAGAAACCCUGGUAACCAGGCUGCUUAUGAACACUUUGAAACCAUGAAGAACCAGUGGAUUGAUAAUGUGGAAAAAAUGACAGGUUUAGUGGAUGAGGCAAUUGACACCAGAUCUCUGUUGGAUGCUUCUGAGGAAGCAAUAAAGAAGGAUAUAGAUAAAUGCAAGGUAGCCAUGGCAAAUGUUCAGCCCCAGAUGCUUGUGGCUGGUGCCACAAGCAUUGCCCGACGUGCGAACAGGAUCUUGCUGGUAGCAAAAAGAGAAGUUGAAAACUCUGAAGACCCUAAGUUCCGUGAAGCUGUGAAGACUGCAUCAGAUGAACUCAGCAGAACAAUUUCACCUAUGGUGAUAGAUGCCAAAGCUGUGGCUGGCAAUAUCUCUGAUCCUGGUCUUCAGAAGAGUUUCCUGGAUUCUGGUUAUAGGAUCCUUGGCGCAGUGGCCAAAGUCAGAGAAGCUUUCCAACCUCAGGAGCCCGACUUUCCUCCACCACCCCCUGACCUUGAUCAACUCCACUUAAAUGAAGAACCUGCUCCCCCAAAACCUCCUCUUCCAGAAGGUGAAGUUCCUCCCCCAAGACCACCUCCUCCUGAGGAAAAAGAUGAAGAGUUCCCAGAACAUAAAGCUGGUGAUGUUUUCAACCAGCCUAUCAUGGUGGCUGCUAGACAACUCCAUGAGGAAGCCAGGAAGUGGUCUAGCAAGCCUGAUGUGACUGAUGAGGGUAAUGAAGUAGAAAUAGAGGAGGAGGAAGCAGAUGAGGAAGGAGAUGAUGUUGAGUUCACGUUCCCUUCUGACAAUGAAGAUGAUUAUGAGCCUGAGCUGCUCUUGAUGCCCACCAAUCAGCCUGUAAACCAACCUAUUCUGGCAGCUGCUCGGUCUUUGCAUCAAGAAGCUAUGAAAUGGUCCAGUAAGGGUAAUGACAUCAUAGGUGCAGCUAAGCGUAUGGCCUUGUUGAUGGCAGAAAUGUCUCGCCUUGUGCGAGGUGGCAGUGGAAACAAACGUGCUCUUAUCCAGUGUGCAAAGGACAUUGCUAAAGCUUCAGAUGAAGUGACAAAGCUGGCCAAGGAAGUUGCCCGACAAUGUACUGAUAAACGAAUCAGAACAAAUUUGCUACAGGUGUGUGAACGUAUUCCAACAAUCAGCACACAACUGAAAAUUCUGUCUACAGUGAAAGCCACUAUGUUGGGUAGAACAAACAUUAGCGAUGAGGAAUCUGAACAGGCAACAGAAAUGCUUGUUCACAACGCCCAGAAUCUUAUGCAGUCUGUGAAGGAAACUGUGAGAGAAGCGGAGGCAGCAUCAAUCAAGAUCAGAACAGAUGCGGGAUUCACACUACGCUGGGUGAGGAAAACCCCAUGGUACCAGUGAAGGAUCCAAGCUUUUAGUGGGCAAAACAAGUCCAUUCAUUGCUCUGAACAAGAAGAGAAAACUGUAAAGUGGAGUGUGAACUGUGCUGUAAAAAAUGGUUUCAUUCUGCAUACCUGCACCAGUUAAUAAACAUGCGUAGAAGAACUAUCUUCAGAAA